AUGCACAUAAUUGACAUUAUUGGAAUUUUUGGUUACUUUUUUGUGCCAUUUUUAGCUUCAUUUGCUGCCAUUCCAUGUACCCAUGCUUCAUCUCACCAUUACAAAACACUGAUUGGGGGAGGUUUCACCAAGCCUAAUGAACAAGCACUCUCCGAUAUUGCAAUCUAUGAGGCGGUUUUAGCCCUCCAUGAAAAUGCCUCUAUUAAAGCUUCACCUGAUGUUCUUGGCAUUAAGGGUGAAGAUACUGAAUGGGUUAGAAUUGAAGUUGACCAUCCUGAACCCUCUGCUGAUGAUUGGGUUGCUGUUUUUUCCCCAGCUAAGUUCAAUGGAUCAUUUUGUGCUUUUGAAGACUACACAAGAAUACAGUCUCCUUAUAUAUGCACUUCUCCUAUAAAGUUCAUGUUUGCAAAUUACACAAAUCCAAGCUACACAAAAACGGGCAAAAGUACACUAAAUUUGCAGAUUAUAAACCAACGUGCAGAUUUCUCCUUUGCAUUGUUCUCCGGUGGCUUGUCAAAGCCGAAGUUAACAGCAGUCUCGAAUACUAUAACAUUCAGAAACCCGAAAGCACCUCUUUACCCACGUCUUGCUCAUGGAAAGUCUUGGGAUGAAAUGACAGUGACAUGGUCCAGUGGCUACCAUAUAGACGAAGCAGUGCCAUUCGUCGAAUGGGGCAUGAAGGGUCUGCGUAAAACGCGUUCGCCCGCCGGAACACUAACAUUCACUCAAAAGGAUAUGUGUGGAGGAGCUGCACGUGGUGUUGGAUGGCGCGAUCCAGGAUUCAUACACACCAGUUUCUUGAAAGACCUUUGGCCCAACAUGGUGUACACAUACCAAAUGGGGCACUUGUUGAAGAAUGGUGGUUUCGUUUGGAGCAAAAUUUACUCAUUCAAAGCAUCACCCUAUCCUGGCCAGGAUUCGUUACAGCGGGUAGUUAUAUUUGGAGAUAUGGGAAAAGGAGAGCGGGAUGGUGCUAACGCGUAUAGCAACAAGCACCCUGGUGCACUUAAUACUACUGAUACACUCAUAAAAGAUCUGGAUAAUAUCGACAUCGUUAUGCACAUAGGAGAUAUGUCGUAUGCCAACGGAUACAUUUCUCAGUGGGAUCAGUUUUUGGCUCAAAUGGAACCCAUUACUUCAAAAGUCCCUUAUAUGGUUGCCAGUGGAAAUCAUGAACGGGAUUGGCCAAACAGUGGAUCGUUUUAUAACACCGAUGAUUCAGGUGGUGAAUGUGGUGUGCCGGCUGAGACUUUGUUCUACGUUCCAGCUGAGAACCGAGCUAAAUUUUGGUACUCAACGGAUUAUGGAAUGUUUCAUUUUUGUGUAGCCGAUACAGAACACGAUUGGAGGAUUGGUACAGAACAGUAUGCUUUCAUUGAAAAAUGCCUGGCGUCUGCCAAUAGACAUAAACAACCGUGGCUAAUAUUUAUAGCUCAUCGUGUUCUCGGCUAUUCAUCUAACGACUGGUACGGAAUGGAAGGCUCCUUCGAAGAGCCCAUGGGUCGAGAGCACUUGCAACAUCUAUGGCAAAAAUACAAGGUUGACAUUGCCUUUUUCGGCCAUGUACACAACUACGAAAGAGUUUGCCCCAUUUAUCAGAAUCAAUGUGUGAACGAUGAAAAAUCUCACUAUUCUGGAAUGGUGAAUGGGACAAUUCAUGUGGUUGUCGGAGGUGGAGGGAGUCAUUUAUCCGAUUACACAACGCUGGAUACAGUGUGGAGCAUUUACAAGGAUCGUGAUUUUGGGUUUGUGAAAUUAACGGCAUUUAAUCAGUCUUCGCUACUUAUGGAAUACAAAAAAAGUAGUGACGGGGAAGUUUAUGACUCCUUCACUAUCACAAGAGAAUAUAAAGAUGUUUUAGCUUGUGUUCAUGAUGGCUGUGAAGCCACUACACUCGCAACUUAAUUAAUUAGGCAAUUUCAAUUGUUCAAAUAUAAGUAUUUUUGUGUUGUGCUGAUAAUGCAGUACUAUCAUGAGAUGAAUAAACAUGU